GCUCCCCUCAAAAUUUUAGAAAAUUAUGAAUUUUUUAUUAAAAUAAAAAAUAAAGCCCUUGAAAAAAGGAAUUUUUGACAGUUGCAGCUCUAGUCUCUUUCGGUGAAGUUCUCUAUAUCGCUGCUCCAAAAGAAAGUAGGGAAAGAAGAAGGUGAAAGGGUUUCUAUACUGCAAUUUGUGAUGGUGGAUGCGUGGUGGUCCCUUCUUGGGGCUGCCAUCCCGGCUGUAAUUGCAGGGCAAGCUUUUAGAAUGAAGAAAAAGCAUGCCGAAGAAGAGAGAAUUAAGAGUGCCAGGGGAAGGGAGAAGAGCUCGGAUGAUAUCUUCGUUUGCGAGAGAGUCUGCACAUCAAAGCGAAUGUUGAAAAAAGUUGGGGCAUUUUCAAAGGAUCCGAUUCCUGAUACUUGUGUAACCGUUUGUGGUGUGUCUGAGCUCGAUGCUUGCUCCGAUGCUUGUGCUCGUACCGUUUGUGUUAACCAACAUCAGGUACCCAACUGGAAUGACAUUUGCCUUCGAAGGUGUCAAAGUGAAUGUCUUAGACUAUCUGCUUCCCAUUCUUCUUAGAACAUUGGCUUUUAAUUACAGUGACUGCCAUAUCAGUUUCAAAACUUGGGUCUCUCAAUGGUGUGAUCCUUUUAGCAGUCAUUACGUGAUUGUUGAAUUUGUUUUUGUGUUUUGACAAUUAGUGGUUAAAAAGGUCGUUUGAAUUGUUCUUUGCAUAUGCUUCAUAUUAUGAUCUCCCACCUGUAAACUUAAUUAUUAAGCCUGGUUAUGUAUAUUCAAUUAUUAAGCAAGUUCGUUUCUCCA